AUGGUUCUCAGAGUCUUAUUCACUGUGGUCGUUGCAACCACCUUGUUCGCACUGUUCAAAACAUUUCAAUCGUACAUAUCGCUCAGGCACAUCCCCGGUCCGAGAGCAGCAGCCCUUACGAACCUGGUUCGGCGCUCAUGGGCAAAAUCUGGUCGCAUACAUGAGAUACAUCUCCGCGUGCACCACGACUAUGGUUCCGUCGUCCGCGUAGGACCGAACGCUGUAUUGGUCUCGCAGCCGCGCGCUAUCGACAGCAUCUUUGGAUUCAAAUCGCGGCCAAAGAAGUCAGAAUUCUACAACGCGCUCAUGCCGCGCAUGAAAGGCGGCGCCAUCCCCGACGUUUUCGCGACGCUGGACGAGGAUGUGCACCGCCAGAUGCGGCGUCCCAUCGCGAACCUCUACAGCAUCGGAAACCUCAUCUCGUUCGAGCCGCUCAUCACGUCCACGCUGCGGCACUUUUUCAUGCGACUGGACGAGCGCUUCGUGGACCGUGCGGACACUGCAUUCGAUAUGUAUGAUUGGCUACAGUUCCUUACGUUUGACGUCAUUGGCGAGGUGACCUUCUCACGACGCCUCGGGUUUCUGGAUGAAGGAGGGGACAUCGAGGGUGUGAUCGAGGCGAACUGGAAUUAUUUCAAAGCUGCGGCACCGAAUACCCAGAUGCCUUGGCUGGAUUAUUUGUGGAAGGAUAAUCCCAUAUUGCCCGCGGGGUCGAAGAAGAAUCUCGUGGCGGAGUUCUCUUUCGCACGAAUUCAUGAGCGGAUGAGCUUGACACAAGCACAGAGAGAGAGCAUCAAUCAGCGUGACUUCCUGUCCUGCUUUAUCCGGGAGAAGGAGAAGGAUAGCGCGUUACCUCCUAGCGCCGUCCCCACCUGGACAAACUCAAACAUCCAAGCAGGCGUCGACACAACCAGCAUCCUCGAGAGCGCCCUCUUCUACCACCUUCUAAAGAACCCGGUCACUCUUACAACUCUACGCGCCGAAAUUGAUGCCGCCGCAAAGACCGGCCGCAUUUCCGAGUUCGUCUCGUGGAAGGAGUCACAGACGCUGCCGUAUCUGGAGGCUUGCAUCCACGAAGCGUCUCGGCUGCACCCACCCAUUUGCUUCCCGAUCGAGCGCAUAGUGGGGCAGCAAGGACUGCAGAUCGAUGGCUAUGCGAUCCCGCCGGGGACUAGGGUUUCGAUGAGCCCGUGGACGGUUCAUCGUGAGAAGUGGUUGUACGGGGAAGACGCUGAAGUGUGGCGACCAGAACGGUGGCUCGUGGGCGAGGAGCAGAAGAGGACUAUGUACAGCUCGUUGCUUACGUUUGGCGCGGGCCAUCGCUCUUGCCUGGGGAAGAACUUGUCGUAUUUCCAGAUUUUCAAGCUUGUGCCCUCGCUGCUGCAAAAAUAUGAUCUUGAGCUGAUGCGGCCGAGCGAGGAGUGGAAAAUCGAAAACCAUUGGUUUGCGCAGCCGUCGGGGUUUGAGGUGAAGAUCACGCGAAGGAAGUAG